AUGAGUAUGUUACUAAAUAUCUCUAAUCGUAAUGCCAUUUCUGACUCCCCCUCAUGCAAUGGCACUCAAAACCCAAGUACUCUUUGUCAUCACCUUGCUCGCAGACUUGUUCAGAUAGGAAUUACAGAUGUGUUCACUGUUCCGGGCGACUUCAACCUCAGCCUUCUCGACGGUCUUAUAGCCGAGCCGGAGCUCAACCUCAUCGGUUGCUGCAAUGAGCUGAACGCAGGCUAUGCUGCCGAUGGCUACGACAGGUCCCGUGGCGUGAGCGCUUGCGUUGUCACUUUUACUGUGAGUGGCCUUAGUGUUACCAAUGCCAUUACUAGGGCUUACAGUGAAAAUCUCGCUGUUAUUUGCAUCGUUGGCGGUCCUAAUUUGAAUGAUUAUGGCAGUAACCGAAUUCUCCACCACACCAUUGGAUUGGCUGACUUCAACCAAGAGCUCAGAUGCUUCCAAACUGUUACUUGCCAUUGCCACCAGGUUAGCUAUGCAUUACGACAAAUCAUUCAUGCAUAUUCAAACUAA